CUCUUUUUGUCAAUCAUUCAAUGGAAAAAUCUAAUUUUUAUAUGUUUCUCUGAUUCUCUCAUGCCCACCUACUCCCACGCCACCUGGCCACCCCACUCCACCCCCUACACACUCUUGGCAAAUUCCUACUAGGUAAACUGUGGCGAAAAUAAGUAGAGCUUACCCUAGCUUACUCUCACAAUCAUCAUCAAAUCUUGAAGUAACCUACUUCUCUUUUUUGCUGCAUUUUUGUUCUUUAGAUUCCAUUCUUUCAUUUCUAGGCUUUAUUUGGGAAAUCCCAGAUUAUUUGUCGACUUUUCUUGAAUUAAUUUGAGCAAAAACUUUGUGGGGUUGGUAGAAAUGGCUGGUUGUUCAUCAGGUAUCAGGUUAUGUCAGUUUACAUCUCUGAAAAAUGAAAUCUUUAUCAUGGAGUCCAUUAAAGACACCAACUUUACGUUUGUUAAGAGCCAAGAUUUUGUGGGUAUGGGGAAAAUCGGUUAUUUGGUUUGUCAGAACAACCACAAGUCAAGAAUUUUGGUUAAGAGUUCAUUGAAUCCUGAGGGUAAAUCAACAUCUAGUGUUAGAGUAGAAACAGUACUCAAAGAGAAUGAUGCUUAUUCUGUAGGGAAAGAUGUUAGUCUUCUUGAUGCUGACAAUGUUGGUGAUGGGGAAGGAGUUUUAGCUGAUGGGAAUGGUGGAAAUGGGAAAUACCCUGGUGGUGGUGGCGGAGGAGGAGGAGGAGGAGGCGGUGGAGGGGACAAUGGAGAAGGUGAUGAGGAAGAAGAGGAAUUUGGGCCAUUACUGAAGUUUGAGGAUGUGAUGAGAGAGGCAGAGGCUCGUGGGGCUACACUCCCUGCUGAUAUGAUAGAGGCUGCAAAGAGUGUUGGGAUCAGAAAGCUACUUCUGCUUAGAUAUUUGGACUUGCAGGGGUCAGCUUGGCUCGGCGCUGCAAUGAGGUCAUGUGCUAUGCUGCGUAACAGAAUGUUGGCUGAUCCAUCAUUUCUUUUCAAAGUUGGAACUGAGAUAGUCAUUGACACUACUUGUGCAACAGUAGCGGAAGUUCAAAAGAGGGGCAAAGAUUUUUGGGCGGAAUUUGAAUUGUAUGCUGCAGAUAUGUUGGUUGGCGUUGCUGUCAAUGUAGCUCUAGUUGGGUUGCUAGCACCAUAUGCUCGAAUUGGGCAACCGUCUGCAUCUCAAGGGUUUGUUGGUCGGUUUCAGAGAGCAUAUGGAGCACUUCCAAGCAGCGUUUUUGAAGCUGAAAGGCCAGGGUGUAGAUUUACAUUGAAUCAGAGAAUUGCUGCUUAUUUUUACAAGGGCAUUCUAUAUGGAUUUGUCGGGUUUGGAUGUGGUAUCAUUGGCCAAGGAAUUGCAAAUAUGAUAAUGACUGCCAAGCGGAGCGUCAAGAAAUCAGAGGACGAUGUUCCUGUUCCACCUCUUGUAAAGAGUGCAUUACUUUGGGGUGUUUUCCUUGGAGUUUCUUCAAACACCAGGUUACAGAUCGUGACCGGAUUAGAACGUCUGGUGGAAUCUUCUCCAAUGGGAAAGCAGUUUCCACCUGUUGCAAUGGCAUUCACAGUUGGUGUACGAUUUGCCAACAAUGUAUAUGCUGGAAUGCAGUUUGUGGACUGGGCGAGGUGGAGCGGUGUGCAGUAACUUCUCGGGGGGGGGGGGGGGGGGGGAGGCAUCAGUGGUUCUUCACUCGAAAUCAAGACCUUAGAGUUAGAGAUGGAGGUGACUUAUCACUAAGCCAACUAGUUUUGUCACUUGUUUUGUGUUCUAGUUCAAUAAUUCCAUCUUUGUUGUAUUCCAGUUGAUGAUUUGAGUUUUGGUUACACCAAUAACAAAAGAAACACGUUUGCCCCUAUAGAUAUGUGAUGGGUAAGCUAGAGACAUGUCAUGAGUUUGAACCGUGCAAUGGAUUAAAAAGCGGGCAUCUAAGUGGGAAAGGAUAGAAAGACGGGCCUAUUAUUGUUGAGUUUCGAAUCAUAAAGGAUUCAGAUUGCAUUAGAAUUUGGAUCGUUUUUUCUCCUCUUCUUUUUCAUGGGAUUUUAUGAAAUUGAAAUAAAGCAGAAAAUAGCCCUAUUUAAAAA